AUGUGGUCUCACAAGUGCAUCAAAGCUGUGCUCGUCCUGCUGGGCGCCUACUGUGCGAGGGGUCCCGUCACCGACCUCGUCACCGASCUCAACAACAUCAAUGCGUUCACACCCGGCGACUACGCAUCGCCACAACACAUCAUCAUCGAACCGGCUUCCUUCGCGACCGCUCUCUCCGCGUCCGCGCCUCCUCCCUCCGCUCUCUCCCUCGGCUUCUCGUCAGCCAGCGGUAACCAUGUUGGCAACAUCACCGGCAUGGACCUCGAGCAGUGCGCUGCUGUAGAGUCGCUGGCCGAGACUUCUCCCUGGGCGGCGCAUAUUCACCGCGUCAUCCUCUUCUUCCUUCUUGCGCGCGCUGCCAUAAUCACAGCAAAGCGCUCUACCUACGCGCGCGCUCUUCUUGCCCGCUGCUCUCUCGUCCUGCGCUAUGUCGGCCCCGUCUUUACAGUGGCUCUCGCCAUGACGACAGCAACGGGCGAUGCCCGAUCCCUGGUGGAGCUCCUCCCCCAGUGGUCGCAGCACCACCUCGCGCCAUGGACCGGACACCUUGCCGCCCUCUUGGUCUUCUUGCAAAUCCUCUAUCAGUGCUCCCUUCUCGGCGCUGAUGGAGCUCUCGUCGCUCGCAUUCGGGAAGCUAUCGACAACAAGCGCGAGCUCCGCAAGGAGCGCUUGAGCCAUGCAUCCAGCCUUGCCCACAUCAAGGCGCUUGAGAAAAUUGUGGAUUGCGCACUCACGCGCGGUCUUCAACUCGAGAGGCAGGUCGAUUCGCAAGCCCAGGAGUUCCAGGCUAGGCUCCACAGGGCAAAUUUGCGACAGCACAGCCAGGUCGUCUACAAUGUUCGACGUUUGAGGUCUUCUGCGCAGGAGCAGGUCGACAGCAUUCCCGAGCGCAAGCGCGUACCGCGCGCUGUAAAGGCCGGGACGCCGUGGAAGGGAGCAUGGAAGGACGAGUCGGACGAAUCUUCGGAAGAUGAGUCUGAAAUCGAGACUGUGGCCGUGAUCAAAGACAAAAAAGUCGAAGAAGAGCCCAGAAAGGAGCUGGAAGUCAAGACUCAAAACGGGAUUGACGAAGUCAAGGUCGAAGAAGAAGACAGCAAAGUCGGCCAUGAACAUACUCACGUCCAGACUCCAGAACAGGAGCCGGAACCCCUUCUCCCAUCCUCCUUUGGCGACAGAUCCGGCGGCGCCGACAAGCCCGUUCACGGGUUGGGCUCGUUUGGCAGCAGCUUUGGAAACUAUCGCCAGACUUCUUGUGAAUCGGAAGAAGAUUCCGACGAUGAUAUUGAUGAGAGCUUGGUCAGCAGCUCUGGAAAUUAUCGCCAGGCUACUUGCGAAUCAGAAGAACAGUCCGGUGAUGAUGUUGACGAGAGCUUGGUCCAUAGCUCUGGAAAUCAAGACCGAGCUCAUUGCGAAUCUGCAGAGGAAUAUGGCGAUAGUGGCGACAACGAUCCUACUCAAAAGUCGCACUCGAGCGCGGCCUCAGCAUCUUCCGAUGAAUGGGAAGAUCAGAGUGGAGACGAAGGUGGAGACGAAGAUGAGGAGGAUGAGGAAGAUGAAGAAGAAGUGAGUGGUGACGAGGAAUGGAGUGAUGACGAGGAAGGAGAUGAUGAUGAGAACGUCCAGAAUGAAGGCGAUGCUGUACAGUCCGUCACUGGCAACGCUCCAGAUGAUCAGCCGAAUAUCAUCCUCACCUCCUUCUUCCCCGACAGACCAGGUGGCGCCAACGACCCAAUCCACCGGGCCAAGUCUAGCGGCAUCUUCGAUAACCUGCCUAAGAAGGACACAUCCAACAUCGUCUUCAGCUCCGCAGACCUGUCGCGGGUGUUCCGAAAGGAAGAUGAUAGCGAGAGCGAUAGCGACGUCGAGGGCGGUAAAGUUGAGGUUGCCAAAGUGCACCGUGGGAACAAGAAGGGAAGUGUCGCUCCAGAUACUCUCAAGCCCACACCUAGCACYGUCGCGGUCGACCAAAAUGGCCACGAUCGCCAGACCACAGGCGGCAACACGCCUGUAGCCGAGAGUUGGACAGCCGAGGGCAGUAAGGUGCUUGGCGACAAGAAUGAGCAGAGUGCUGCUCUCGAUAUUGUCCAGCCCAAGGCCAGCAGCGUCACUGUGAGCCAGCAUGACCAUGCAGGUCAGCUYGAGAGCAGUGAACUGACUGGCGAGAAAGCCGAGGGCAGCAAAUCGAAAUGCGGGAAGAGCGUACGGUUUGCUGCUGACCAUAUUGGCAUUCCUGGCCCUAGCAGCGUCGUCUCCGGUCAAGAUGACCACACCGACCAUUCCACAGGAGACGCUAUGCACGGCAUCCAGGGCGGCAAAGACGAGGAGAGCCUUGGAGUGCAUGGCGGGAACGUUGGGAGCAGCGGAGUGGUCCGCGGGGAGAAUGCGGAGAGCACCGCUCUCAAUGCCGUGAAUCCUGGGCCUAGCGUCGUCGUCGUGGACCAGUCAGUUCACGACAACCAGUUCACAGGAGACGCUAUGGUUGGGGUUGAGGCGGGAGAGCAGCCGGUGAUCCAGGUCCACCCGAGUGUAACUCCUGCACAGGAGGAUUCUACACCCGAGGAUGCAAUGGACAUGGAAUCGACCGCACCUGUUGAUGGAAUGGACCUCGAUGCCGAAGAUUACGGCAUUCUUGCGGACAUUGACGGGACGAAAGACGAUUCCGACAGUGACAGUGAUAUGGAGGACCAUGAAUGGCAAGACGACGAYGAAGAAAUGGCAGAGGACGCCGAUCUAUCGAGAAUGUCGCAGAGACCAUCUCUAGCUCAAGCAUCGUCGUUCCAAACUCCGCUUCCAGGCCUCUUCUUGUCUCCAUCACGGAACAAUACCCUAUCGAUUGCACCGAGCAACCCCUCUGCAUUUACGCCCGACUUCGAUAUGGUCGAUACCGGUCUGAAAGUACCUGCAUUCAACUCGAAUCGGUCGAACCCGACUCCUCCUACACCUGCGCCUACAACCAGCGCCAAGCUCCCAGCUCUACGCCAACCUGGGUCUGCCUUCGAUUUCAAUCUUCCGGACGCGGCUCUCCCUGUACCUGCAUUUGGAUCUAAUCUGUUCAAUCCAGCUCCAUUUGCACCUCAGCUUGGGCCUGCAUCCAAUGCCAAUCUUUUGGUUCCAGAUCUGGUUCCACCCACGCAUGUGCCUGCAUCCAACAUCAAUGUUGUGGAUCCAGCUUUAUUUGCUCCUACACCUACGCCCACGCCCGCAUUCGACACCAAUUUCGUGGAUCCAGCUCUAUUUGCCCCCAUACCCACGCCUGACACCAAUGUUAUGGAUCCAGCUCUUUUUGCACCCAUACCCACGCCUGCAUUCGACACCAAUCUUUUGGAUCCAGCCUUAUUUGCCCCCAUGCCUGAGCUUGUAUCCAAUACCAAUACUGUGGAUCCAGCUCUAUUCGCACCCAUCCCCACGCCUGCAUUCGACACCAAUCUUUUGGAUCCAGCCUUAUUUGCCCCCAUGCCUGAGCUUGUAUCCAAUACCAAUACUGUGAAUCCAGCUCUAUCUGUACCCACACCUCAGGCCACGUUUGACACCAACCCAUUGAUUCCAGCUCCAGGCGGCACGGGCAAUAACACCGUGCAAGAGCGGCCAGACAACGACACUGUGCCAGAAGCGACAGAGGAUGAUUAUUGGGUCGUGAAGGAAGAGGACCGAGCACAGAUCGUCCCCGAGAACGUCGCGAAAUGUCGCAAAAUCGCCUCCAUGAAGAAGAACUUGGUGCAAGAUGAUAUCGCGGCACGAUUGAUGAGUGCGAUGGAUCCAGAUGGUGUUGAUGACCCUGUAUUGCAGGACAGAAUUGUAAACAACAGGGACUGCUUCUACCAACCGCACUCCGGAGACAAGUACUUCCGCUGCAAACGCUCAUUUGAAAAGGGCCAGCGGUAUUGCUGUGGUGAUCCAAAGCGAUAUGACGAUGCUGGAAACCUCACGAACGCGUACAUCCACGAGGACAGGGUCAAGGCCGCGGAUUUGAAGCUUUGCGUCGAGUGUCAUUUCGAAGACCAUGUCCGGGAUGCCACACAAGAGGAGCCUGCUCCAGCUCCUACCACAGGCCAGAAGCGCAGCCGCAAUGUCUUCAAGAAUAUUGAGUCAACGAACGCCCCUUCAAAAGCGAGUGCUCCUUCAACAGCGAGUGCUCCUUCAACGGCGAGUGCUCCUUCACCAGCAGCUAUUCGCGCAAAGGGCCUUUUCUCACCCAAGAAACCCACCGGAUCGAGGCGCCCUGCCAAUCAUGAGCCUUUGCAACCUCCUCCACCACCCGUCCGGGGUGAUGGAGUCUGCUAUUGGAGAAAACAUGAUGGCGAUGCCAAAUUCCCAUGCAAGCGUACGGAAAACCCCCGCGAGCCUUGUGUGGGGGAUCCGCAGAUUUACAAUCCUCGGGGUGGACGGAUAACAUCUGUUGGAGAGUCUCAUGCUGAUAUGAAAAUGGCUUACAGGUCGAAGAUUUGCAUUGAGUGUGAGUUGGAGGAGCAGGACCUUGAUCAGAUGGCGAGAGAUAGGAAUUGA